CACAAAUGCUUUGACCGUCGCCAUGACUAGCACGGCUUCCAAUAGUCCCGCUCUCACCGUACUCACUCGCGACGAUAUUUCUAUCGCUACUCGCGCUGCGGACAAAUUUAUACAGCUGUAUUAUGCCACCUACGAUUCCCCAUCUCGACUCUCAGAUCUACCAAAUUUUUACCGCCCCGUUUCCUCCUUGACAUGGAAUGGGAAACCCCUACAGGGUCCAGAUGGCCUCCGUUCGCUGAUCGAGAAAAUGCCUCCUACCAAACACGAAAUGCAAUCUUUUGAUUGCCACCCAAUACCAGGUUCCACACCGCCUUCACUUCUCGUUACCGUGUCUGGAACUGUUGUUCACGGUAAACCAGCUCAGAUCGCGCCUGGUCAACGUACAAAGUCAGUUGAAGGGCAAGCGCGAGUGUUUUCGCAGACCUUUAUGCUCGUUCCUGAUUCUGCCGCUGCACCUUCGCAGCCGGGAGAGCCUGCCAAAUACUACAUUGGCGCAGAUGCUCUGAGAUUCGUUGGCUGACAACACGCUUCUUGUAUGUUUAUUCACUAUGUUUAUUCAUCACACAAUGUCGAUUAUCACUUACAGUAUCUCAAUUGUAGUAUUGCUUUUCCAGAUGAUACUGG